AUGAAAGUAAUAAGCUUUUCUGGUAGCAUAACGAAACCCAGUUUUUUGAUUGGCCAAUCGGAAAUGCCUAUUCUAACAUUUGGUCAUUGUAAGCUGAGUGCUACCCUAGCUCUUCGGUUACCUCGUGAUUGCAUUAGGCGGAUGGGGUUGAUUACGAAACUUCAGUAUUCUGUUGCUGAUAGGACAUUUACUUCUGGUUCGGUGGAUUCGCCGGCGUCCAAAACGGACUCCGGUCGAAUGAAUAGUAGGCGGGGAGGGUCCUCAUCGAUAUACAGCCGUCCUAGUUUAUCAGAAAUGAGGAAAGAGAAGGCUGCAAUAAGGGAAAAGGUUUAUGAGUUCUUGAGGGAAAUUGGCAUUGUUCCUGACGAGCUUGAUGGUCUUGAACUUCCUGUGACUGUUGAUGUUAUGAGGGAGCGAAUAGAUUUUCUUCAUAGUUUGGGGCUUACAAUUGAAGACAUCAACAACUACCCACUUGUUCUUGGCUGCAGUGUCAAGAAGAACAUGAUUCCUGUGCUUGACUACCUUGGUAAAUUGGGAGUGAGGAAAACCUCAAUUACGUGGUUCUUGCAGAGAUACCCACAAGUUCUCCAUGCUAGUGUGGUUGUUGAUCUUAUGCCGGUGGUCAAUUAUCUUAAGGGGAUGGAUAUCAAGCCUGAGGAUAUUCCUCGUGUUCUUGAGAGGUACCCUGAAUUGCUUGGCUUCAAACUUGAGGGAACCAUGAGCACAUCAGUUGCUUAUUUGAUUGGAAUUGGUGUAGGAAGAAGAGAAAUUGGAGGUGUAUUAACUAGAUAUCCAGAGAUUUUGGGGAUGCGAGUAGGUAGAAUCAUCAAGCCUUUUGUGGAAUAUCUGGAAAGUUUGGGGAUUCCAAGGUUAGCCAUUGCUAGAUUGAUAGAGCAACGACCUUAUAUUCUUGGGUUUGGGCUGGGUGAGAAGGUGAAGCCAAAUGUCAAAUCCCUUGAUGAGUUUAAUGUUAGGAGAACAUCACUUCCGUCUAUAAUUGCUCAAUAUCCUGACAUCAUUGGAACUGACUUAAAUUCAAAGCUUGUCAAUCAAAGAAGUUUACUCAAUUCGGUACUUGAUUUGGAUCCAGAGGACUUUGCCCGAGUUGUUGAGAAGAUGCCACAGGUAGUUAGCCUCAGCAGGGGACCUAUGCUGAAGCAUGUUGAUUUUCUUAAGGAUUGUGGGUUUUCAUUGCCACAAAUGAGGAAGAUGGUUGUUGGAUGCCCUCAAUUACUUGCUUUAAACAUUGAUAUUAUGAAACUUAGCUUUGAUUACUUCCACAUGGAGAUGGAAAGGCCUUUGGAAGACCUGGUUACUUUCCCUGCAUUCUUCACUUAUGGUUUGGAGUCAACUAUAAAGCCUAGGCAUAUGAUGGUUGUCAAGAAAGGGUUGAAGUGUUCUUUGUCAUGGAUGCUUAAUUGUUCUAAUGAGAAAUUUGAGCAACGAAUGGACUAUGACACUAUUGACAUGGAAGAGAUGGAAAUGGAAUCAUCAUUUGACAUGAAUUCACUGACGCAACCAAGGAGUGAUGAUGAAUCAGAUUUUGACUAUGAAGACAGUGAUGAAGAUCAUGACUAG